CAAGAUGAAAUUCACAGAGCAUCUCUCAGCCCACAUCACCCCGGAGUGGAGGAAACAGUACAUCCAGUAUGAGGCUUUCAAGGAGAUGCUGUAUUCUGCUCAGGACCAGGCCCCAUCUAUUGAAGUCACAGACGAGGAUACAGUUAAGAGGUACUAUGCCAAGUUUGAGGAGAAGUUCUUCCAGACAUGCGAAAAAGAGCUGGCCAAGAUCAACACCUUCUACUCUGAAAAGCUGGCUGAGGCUCAGCGGCGUUUCGCCACGCUGCAGAACGAGCUGCAGUCAUCGUUGGACGCCCAGAGGGAGAGCUGGGCUAACGGGCAAAACCUGAGGAGGAGGAAGACAGUGUUCGCCCUGUCACAGCAGGAGCGAUGCAAACACAGAAACAUAAAGGACCUGCAGCUGGCCUUCUCCGAGUUCUACCUCAGCCUCAUACUGCUGCAGAACUAUCAGAACCUGAACUUCACAGGUUUCAGGAAGAUCCUGAAGAAGCAUGAUAAGAUUUUGGAAACGUCGAGGGGGGCCGACUGGAGGGUGGUCCACGUUGAAGUGGCUCCAUUUUACACGUGCAAAAAAAUCACUCAGCUCAUCUCUGAGACUGAGGCAUUGGUCACUACAGAGUUGGAAGGUGGUGACAGGCAGAGGGCCAUGAAGAGGCUGAGGGUACCUCCCCUGGGAGCUGCACAGCCUGCUCCUGCGUGGACCACCUUUAGAGUCGGGCUGUACUGCGGCGUAUUCCUUGUCUUACUAGUCACUGUGGUCAUUACAGGAGCUGUGGUGAUCCGUAGUGCUAAUAUUUGGCCUAUGGUCAGGAUCUACAGAGGAGGCUUCCUGUUAAUAGAAUUCCUCUUCCUGUUAGGCAUCAACACCUACGGCUGGAGGCAGGCUGGAGUUAACCAUGUACUCAUUUUUGAACUCAACCCCAGAAACAACCUGUCACAUCAACAUCUCUUUGAGAUUGCAGGUCUGUUGGGGGUGCUGUGGUGCGUCAGCCUGCUGUCCUGUCUCUUCAGUGAUAGCAUCCUGGUACCAAUGCAGGCUAACCCUCUUGCUCUCUACGGCCUCUUCCUCCUCUUCCUCAUCAACCCCUUCAAGACCUGCUACUACAAGUCACGCUUCUGGCUGCUCAAACUCUUGUUUCGGGUGGUGACGGCUCCGUUUCAUCAUGUUGGCUUUGCCGACUUCUGGCUGGCUGACCAGUUAAACUCUCUUGGUGUGGUUCUGAUGGAUUUGGAGUACAUGAUCUGUUUCUACAGUUUUGAACUGGACUGGAAAAAACAUGAUGGACUUAUCAGCAGUAAAGGUAAAGAUGUGUGUAAUUCCUACUCCUAUGGCGUCCGUGCGGUGAUCCAGUGUCUUCCUGCUUGGUUCCGAUUCGUGCAGUGUCUCCGACGUUACCGCGACACCAAACGGGCCUUCCCUCACCUGGUUAACGCAGGGAAAUACUCCACUUCCUUCUUUGUUGUCACCUUCGCUGCCCUAUACAGUACACAUAAAGCUGAAGGCCACGCUGACGCCCAGAUCUUCCUCUACUUGUAUAUCGGCUGUUUAGUGGUCAGCUCAUGUUACACACUCAUCUGGGAUCUGAAGAUGGACUGGGGCCUGUUUGACCGCAACGCAGGAGAGAACACCUUUCUGAGAGAGGAGAUAGUCUACCCACAUAAGGCCUAUUACUACAGUGCUAUAGUGGAGGAUGUGCUGUUGCGUUUUUCAUGGACCUUAACUGUCUCCCUCAGCACGGUCUCUGGGUUUCCCGGCAUCUCUGACAUACUGGCGACUGUACUGGCCCCAAUGGAGGUCUUUAGACGUUUUGUAUGGAACUUCUUCCGAUUAGAGAACGAACACCUGAAUAACUGUGGUGAGUUCAGGGCCGUCAGAGACAUCAGCGUGGCUCCGCUCAAUGCUGACGACCAAACCCUACUGGAGCAGAUGAUGGACCAGGAGGAUGGAGUCAGGAACCGGCAGGGCAAGAAGAGCUGGAAGAGGAGCUACAGCAUGAGUCUACGCAGGCCACGACUGGCCUCACAGUCCAAGACCCGUGACACCAAGGUUUUGAUAGAGGACACAGAUGAUGACUCCUGACAUCAGGCCACGCCCCUCGCCUGGGUCCAGAAUUUAUUCAAAGGGGGGAACUCCACCUCCUAACUGAGGAAUUACCCAGCGAGUUGGGCGUUGAACUCUCAGCCGAGGACAGGUUUUAAACUCUCAUGCCUACGUAAUCCUUUAUCCAAUGCAUGAGCCUGUACAUGGGUCAGAACUAUUUGAAGUAUUUCAAGGGAUGAACUUUCACUUCUUGAACAAACAACCCAGCAACAUGGCCAUCAAACUCUUACCCCUACCUUCAAUAAUAAUCAAGGUGGGCUUACUACUUAAACUCUACCUUACCGAAGCAGUGGGUGAAAAACGUCUCUACUUGUCAUCCACAGACACCCAAAGGUGAAAUCUUUAACUACUGUCAUUGCUUGAGCUCUCCUAAAAGCCUCCGUCUAGCAUGAACAACGCAGCUAAAUGGAAUGCAAGCCGAUCACCCUGGCAGGAAGUGUCCCUGCUCCCUCUCGGUGCCAAUCAGCUCCCACACAGGGAGAGGCCGACAACUUCAAACCUGCUGCUGUUGAGGACCAAAGGUUUAUUUCCCCGCCUUUUAUCUAUUAGCCUCCACCUACACUGCACCUCAAGAGAUAUGAGUCAUCUUUUAAUUUGGACCUCAGAGGGGAUCUACAGCCAACUUUUUCCAAUAAUAGGAAUAAAAAGGGUUGAAAAGUGUCCUCCUCCUUUCAGCGUCUUUUUAGGCCUUGUGACCUUCUCCCAGACCCUUGGCCAACAGACUAUGCUGACAAGCAUUUAGUAACGCCAAUCAAUCACUGGUUUGACUCCCUCACUCUUCAGCUUGCCCCAUCAAAGCAUCACAGAGCUGCCUACCUGCACCUUACACGCUUUAGAAACACACACUCAGAAACACGCACUUUUAACGAGUGAAUUGGAGUGGAAUGCCUAUUGUGUGUUCACACACACACAAACGGUGAUUUAAAAUGUUUUAUUGUUUAUGGAUGAGCGACAAACAGAAAACACACACACACACACACACACACACACACACACACAGACUAGUAAUUAUUUAUAACAGUGGUUGUAAAUAUGAGACGGACCAAAGUAGGUGGUGGUGUGAAAAUAUUCAUGAAAUAUCAAAUACUCCAUUUUUUUUGCUGAGUUCGGACUGCAUGGAACAGCAGCUGGAAUGACUGUUCAGCCGUGGAGAUUUCGAUUCCAGAAAAAGAUGAAGAUAGCCCCUAAACAACCUGUUGUAACCCCCAGUCCUCCAAUGUGGAAAAAUUAUCCUCUAUGUGGAAUUGGUGUGGAAUGUAUGCCAACUUAUUUAUGUAUGUAUGAGGAGGAGGGAUACUGAAAUACCAACUGUCAACUUAUUUAGGCAGAUCAUUUUUUGUAAACUUGAAACAAGAGUUAAGAUGAGAUCCAAGGAGUUUUAUUGUUUGCCCAUGAAAUCUUGAUUGAAAACUUUACUGGUUAUAGACAGUAAUUUGCGUCUGUUUAACUGGUUCAUUGAAAUGUGACAAUGAUGAAAAGGAGGGAGGUCACCUGUCUAUCACGUAUUGGUUCAAACUUUCACAUUCAAAAGGGUGGUGUAGUUCAACAUGAAUCUGGAUGAAGUGGCUCUUCCAGCUGGCUUGGUGGUAAGGGACCCAGUGGGGACUGAUUCUGAUUGGCUGUGUUUACACUCAUGAGAUGCAUGCGUAAUUCAGAUUCCAUAAGCAGUCCGGUUUGGAUUUAACACUUAACCAACUGGGGUUUGGUUAAAAUGGAUAACAUAUUUGUCUUAAGACAAAGUCAUUGUAAUGUAUUUGUAUGUUCAGUAUGUAAUUGAACUAUUCAUCACCUCUUUUUAGUCUACCGUACAUUCUCAAAUUACGACUCUAGCCUUAUUAGCUCAAUGGCAGAGAGAGAUCCAGGGCUUUAUUUGGAACAGGCAAUUAGAGAGAACAUUCUUUUAUUCCAUAAAUUCUCCCACUUCCCAAUGAAUGCAAACGCAAAACUUAAUCCAUGUUUACCUGUCGUCUUGUUGAAUUAACAAUAAUGUCUAUUUCCACAGCACUAUUUAAAUCAGUGCAACAACACUCACCACUCUGCUGCUCUGUUUCCCUUUAUCACAAAUACUUGUUUCGUUCACUAAUUAAUUCCAGUCUUUUCAUUUUUUCCCAACGCUUCCUGCCCUAUUAAAUAUCACAUUAAAAGUAUUCCAGUCUUCCUGUUAUUGAUGGUCCUUUAAUGUGGAAAAAUUGACAGCUUUACACCAGAGUAGCAGAAUGGAAUUAGUUCUGUGGAAAUGUAAAUAAUGCUAAAUUUACCAUGUGCGAGCCAUUGUUGUUGGCUCACUUUCAAUGUGUUUUUUUUACCAAGCCAUUAUUUGUUCCUGCUGGCUCGUCCCAGCCAUUAUUUGAUUUUGUAAGAUAAUUUACAGUAGUAUUCUUUAACAGCUGGUAGUUUUGGAGCUUACUGGGAUUGGUGUAGUUUUGUAUCUAUAGUUUGACAAACUCAGUAACAGGUUAUGCACAGUCACCAUCAAGUCAUCUGCAUAUUGGCAAACUCAUUUCAAAGGCACUAUGUCAUGGUGGCCACACUGCAAGCACUAGUGUCAACCUGUGGUACCAAAUCAUUGGAGCUACAAAAUGAAAGCAUCUUUUAUUGUUUGAUGAAGACAGGUAGUUGUGAUUGCACUGGAGAAAAUGUUUUUAUAAAUGUUUCUAAGAGAACAAAGAUAUUCAUUUUGUUGCUUUUUUCACAUUCCCCAAGUUUGACCCACUUAUGACUUGUGCUGCUGGUUUGUCCAACAACAGCUCAUGUUGAGGUAUUAAAUUAACAGUUAGAGUGUUUAGUUGAGGAGGUCAUGUUUAGGUUGUACAAACCAUUUUGCUUUAUUGUUUUCAUCAAGCUUGUUAAUAGCUUGGGCUAUUUGGAGUAGACGAGAGUGACUGACUUUUAAAAUCCUACAGUAAGCCCUGAUUGAGGUCAUUUACCAAUGAGCAAUAAGCACUUUAAUGCCAAACUUAAUUUUAUUUUUUUGCAUCUCCCUGAGGAAGCUGUAUAGCAAUUAAGUUCUAGUAGUUUUAUUUUCCAUAAUAUUUUAGUGGUUCUUUCUAGACCUUGCUAUAAAACAUACAGAAGAACAACUAUUUGAGGACAGAG